AUGAAAAGUUUCGCUCUUCUUCCACUUCUAUCAGAAUCAUCGCCGAUUGCAACUUUAAAACCUCUGGGAUCAGGAGGCUUCGGAAGCUACAAUCCGAGAAUGAAGAAGAUUCUUUCCCAGAGCGUCAGUUUUAACAGCAAAGAAGGAAAGAACUCAGAAGAAAAAUUCAAAGUGCACAUUAAUUCGAAAGAAUGUUCUAGCGAUGAUCGAUUUUUCUGUGAAGAUGAAAUCUGCGGCGAAUGGAAGUGCCCAGCAAAACGAACAGAAUUCUCUCAAUGUGUUCUCGAACUCACCCACCCCGAAAAAGCCCAUUUCAAUCCGGCCCAAAAAGUCAGGCGAUCUUGCCAGUGCCACAUGAAUUCGAUGGGUUUUAGACUCUUCACGGGUUGCAAAUGGCGCAGUGAUAAGCUUCAGCCAAGACCGACGACAACAGUUGCUCCUACAACAACAACAACGCCUAUUUCAACAUCAACAUCAACCACAUCAACUUCAACGACAACGACUUCAACCACCACAUCAACCACAACAUCAACGACAACAUCAACGACAACCACAACAACAUCGACAACAGCAUCAACAACGUCGACAACUACUACGAGUUCAACCACAGCAGAAUUGACAACACCAAGGCUUCUUUUCGACCAAGAACUCGACGAAAUCCAAAGAUACGAGGAGGAACCAGAAGAAGAUGAUGAUGAUGAUAUUCCACAAAUUUCAACAAAUCAUGACGAGAUUUUCAUAGAUGAGUUUGCCCGAUGCGGUCGAGAUAUUCCACCACUGGCCCAUCUCACAUGUAACAUCUUCGACUCGACCCGCGCGUGCAGCGUCACGUGUCCGAAUGUUUUCGAGACGAACACGUGCGAGUGUCACAACGGCUACUGCUUCUGGAACGCGCCAUUUAGCCAAUUUUGCUACCACUACCGACAUAAAGAAGAGAUCUCAAAAGGAAGUCUUUCCAGCUUUGAGAUAAGAGGUGCACAAUAUCCUGACUUUCCAGCGCCAGAAUCGAGAUCAAAAACUUCAAACGAUGGCGUUUAUGUACAAGCAUUCGACCUUUUCCAACAAAUGCAGAAAAUGAUGUACGAAAGUGGAUAUUUCAACAUUUUUAACUAA